CAGGAAGAAGACCGUUAACGUUACAGGAAUAGCUGUUGACUUCCCCGUAGCGAUUAGCGGUUACUAGCUAGCUAGUCGUUGGCAACUAACUAAUAUCAAAGUUAACUACAUUUCGAAGACAACACGGUUACUCAGAUCCUCGUUAACUGACCUGAGAGUCAUGGGGAAAAGUUGUAAGGUGGUUGUGUGCGGCCAGGCUGCCGUCGGUAAAACGGCCGUGUUGGAACAACUACUGUAUGCCAAUCAUGUUGCAGGUUCAGAACCCAUGGAAACCCUGGAGGAUAUCUACAUCGGCUCCAUAGAAACGGACCGUGGUACACGAGAGCAGGUUCGCUUCUAUGACACACGAGGACUCCGCGAUGGGAUGGAGUUCCCUCGACACUACUACACGUUCGCAGAUGGCUUUGUUCUCGUCUACAGCGUUGACAGUAAAGAGUCAUUUAAGAGGAUGGAGGCCCUCAAGAAGGAUAUUGACCGCCACAGAGACAAGAAAGAGGUCACCAUUGUUGUGCUGGGUAACAAGCAGGACAAGCAGGAUGAGAGGCGAGUGGACUCCAACAUGGCACAGAAUUGGGCAAAGAAUGAGAAGGUGCGUCUGUGGGAGGUGUCGGUGGUGGAGCGGCACUCUCUGAUCGAACCCUUUGUCUACCUGGCCAGCAAAAUGACCCAACCACAGAGCAAGUCCACUUUCCCUCUCAGUCGCAAUAAGAAUAAGGGCAGUGGUUCUACAGACAGCUGAAGGGUCAAACGCUGUUGUCAUGUUUAAGAGGGCGGGAAAGGGGACAAGAUGUGUAUUAAAGGUAACUAUUCUGAUAUUAUUAAAGAUGGAGAUAGUGAGGAGAAUACGAGAAAAGGCAGAAGAUUGUGUGGAAAUGUAUAGCCAGUGAGUUCUUCUUGUAUUGGUAUAGCUUUCAUAUUUUAUGUUUUGGUGAAAUACAUGCUACUUUAAUUCUAAAGGACACUAUACUUUCAGUUCUAAGAAGUUAAAAGACAAAGGGGGUUAUGGUUUGUCAUUCCCAUUUUAUUAGUUUUGAUUAUAGUCAAAUUAUUCUUUCACAUUCUUUAAAAUAACAGCUGUUGACAGAGAGCAGUCAUAUUCCAAGCUACACAAUGUAGUUCUCAAACAUUUACUCUCAGAUGCAUGCGUUGCCCUUUGCGUUUCCAGAUAUCUGAGACUCACAGCACUCACCGUUUGGAUAAAUCAGGACCAUGUACACAUAUACACUGGUUAUUAUUGUAUUUACAUGUACACGGCAUGUAUACACAGAUUGAAUCAGAAUUGGCAGCAGUUACUCAUGUUACGUUAAUAUUGCAUAAAACAAAUGCUGAACAUGAAUGUUAUUGGUGAAGGUAUUUUAUUGAUACAUUAUUGAUGAUGUACAGUAACUGUGAUACUAGAUGUGCGCCACUAUAUUUGUCCUUUGCUGAGAUUUACUGUUGGUUGUCGCACAGUGAAUGAUUGACAUUCCUUACCACGUGUUGCCUUCUGUACAGGAUUUAGAAACAAAACAAGCAAUGAAAGGCCGUUUCUGCAGGCUCGGGUGCUACUUUUUUUUCUGGCGGUGACACAUGAAAGACGUAUUCAAAUGCCGUAGCAUUAUCACCAUGACUCUUUAUAUAACCUGUUACAGUCAGCGCUGAAGUUGGAGCUGGUAUAUUUUUAACAAAGCUGUAAAAAUUCCAAAGUAUUCAUUAGCCGACCAUUGAAGUGUUCCUUCAAGUAAAAAUAUGACCUAUAAAUGUUUGUUUGAUGGAAAAAGAGGGGGGGGGGGGGGUCAUUUAUGAAGUCUUUAUAGAUUUGUUUGUGCCUCCGGCUAUCAACACUGUGUAUUAUGCAGGCUACCUUUGUGAAAAUCCAGGUUUUUACGUGUUCAUUUGUUUGCACAUUUCGUAAACAAAUUAAAUAUUUUUUGUGUGCUUGAA